AUGUCAUUUGAUGGUAUUAUAGCUACACCUAUAACAGAAAACGCUUCAAUAAAUCGUGUUAUAAUAAUUGCUUCAUGUCAAGCAAAUAAAAAUGUUUUUGAAUCAAUUUCAAUACAAAAUACACGUCAUUAUUAUUUUUACUUUGCCAGUCAGUCAUCAUCACCAUCAUCAUCGACCUUGUCUUCUUCCUCUUCUUUUUUACCAUUAUUAGAUCUAUCUUAUUGUGAACAUCAACAAAGUACUUAUUACUCAUCAAACGGUUUUUCUAUUCUUCAUUCUUCGCCACGGUUUCCUUCUAGUGAAAUUCUAGACAAGAAAAAAUCUUUACCCUUUCAUUAUUCGAAUGCUGUUCUUUCUACUAUUGAUCAAUUAUCACCUACUAGCAGUAAUAUUAUCCCAUUAAUGUCAUCAUCAUCAUCAUCAUCAUCAGAUAAAAAUCUUAUCCAUAUCGAUCAUAAUGAUAAUAUGAUAUCGACAACAAUUAAUUCUUUAACAACAAGUUCAUUUUCUAAUAUGAGUCUAUUCCAUACAUCAUUACUAACAACACAACAAGAAAGUAAAACAUUAAAUAUUAUACUACUUAUUGGAUGUAUAAUUGCUGGAAUUAUUAGUAUGAUUAUUAUUUAUAUAAUAUUUAAAUAUUGUUGUAAUCGUGAUAAAGGUUCAUAUAAAAUUGAUGAAAGUAAAAAUUUUACUACAAAAUCUCAUUUGGAUAAUACUGAUGCUAGUGGUUGUACUGGUAAAAUCUUAUUAUCAAAUCAUCAUCGACAAAACUUAUUAACAACAAAUGAAGAAAAUAUAAUUGAUUCGAAAGAAUGGUAUGUGUAA